AGAGACGACUAGUAGAGUCUUGAGUGAUGUCUUGCUAGUUCACUUCUUCUUGUAACAGCAACACUGCUACUGGGAUUGCCACUCAGAGCAUAUAUAAAAGGGCACGUUUGCCUGGCGGAACCUGUAGUUAUCAAUCAUCCACCCACAAGCCACAACCAUCUAAUAGGAUAGCGAAUUGCGUCAAAGUUCACGAACAUGGUGUCGCCGGUGAAGGUAUUCGGGCACCCGAUGUCCACGAACGUGGCGCGGGUGUUGGUGUGCCUGGAGGAGGUCGGCGCUGAGUACGAGCUGGUGACCGUCGACUUCCUCGCCGGCGAGCACAACGUUUCCGACCACGUCGCCCGGAAUCCGUUUGGGAAGAUCCCCGCCCUGCAAGAUGGCGACCUUAUCCUGUUUGAGUCGCGAGCAAUCGCAAAGUACAUCCUCCGCAAGUACAAGUCAAGCGAGGUCGAUCUCCUGAGGGAGAGCGACAUCGAAGCGGCAGCCAUGGUGGACGUCUGGACGGAGGUCGAAGCGCAACAGUACUACCCCGCCCUGUCGCCGGUCGUGUUCGAGUGCAUCAUCUUCCCCAUCGUGCGCCGCACCGCCACCGACCAGAAGGCCGUGGACGAGAGCCUGGAGAAGCUGAAGAAGGUGCUCGAGGUCUACGAGGCGCGUCUGUCGAAGCACAGGUACCUGUGCGGCGAUUUCUUCAGCUUCGCCGACCUGAACCACUUCCCGUUCACCUUCUACUUCAUGGCGACGCCGUACGCGUCCGUGUUCGACGCGUACCCUCGCGUCAAGGCGUGGUGGCAGUGCCUGAUCUCGAGGCCGUCGAUCAAGAAGGUCAGCGCAAGCAUGCCGACCAAAUUCUAAGCUCCCUUUUGCCAUCUCCGGCAAACAAGCGUUAGUUGAUAGCGUGAAAUAAAUCGAAUGCUGUGUACUGUCACACGAAAGACAACAGCAGUUGCCAGUGUGUUUACCUCGGGCUGUUAAAAUUAUCGUUGUGUCUAUGCACGCACUAUCAUGCGGCAGCAAGCUCAUGGACCAAGCAGUUGUUAUCUUGGGUUGUAAAUUAAACUGCAUGAGGAUAAUUUGUGACUCCAGGAUAAUAAUAAUUUCUUUUCAGGAGU